CUCCGAUGCCCAUCCAACGACGACACCCACUUUAAUACCAGAUCCACAUUGCUCCAUCCCUUUCCCUCUCUCAUCCGCAUCGCCGGUAACAGAAAGAGCAUAGUAGCAGCAGACAUUAGGUAAGAGAGAGAGAGAGAGCGAGAGAGGGGAUGGUGGAAACCCACAUGCAGACCGGCACGACGAGGCGCGGCAGCAACCCCCGCCUCGAGUCUGCCGAUCUCGUCGGCAUCGACAUCCCGCCGACCCCGCCGAGCGACGCCCGCCCCGGCGCUAAGCAGGCCACCUCCUUCCUCUCCCUCAUCGUCCCCUUCCUCCUCGCGUCCUCCUCCCAUGCCCCCUCUUCCGGCGCUGCCGCUCCCGGCUCCUCUUCCUCCACCGUCGCCACCGCCUUCGUCAUCGGAUCUUGGUACUUUUCCAACAUCGGGGUGCUCCUGCUGAACAAGUACCUGCUCAGCAUCUACGGCUAUCGCUACCCCGUCUUCCUCACGGCGCUCCACAUGGCCUCCUGCUCCGCCUACAGCGCCGUUGCCCUGCGGUGGCUCUGCUUGGUUCCCUUCCAGCCCGUCUCCUCCCGCCGGCAGCUGUUCAAGAUCGCCGCCCUCGGCGCCAUCUUCUGUUUCUCCGUCGUCUGCGGCAACGCCUCCCUCCGGUUCCUGCCCGUCUCGUUCAAUCAGGCCGUCGGCGCGACCACCCCCUUCUUCACGGCCAUCUUCGCCCUCGCGAUCACCUGCCGCCGCGAGCCCUCCGCCGUCUACGUCGCGCUGCUCCCCGUCGUCCUCGGCAUCGUCCUCGCCAGCAACAGCGAGCCCCUCUUCCACCCGCUGGGCUUCCUCCUCUGCCUCGGCUCCACCUCCGGUCGCGCUCUCAAGUCCGUCGUCCAGGGCAUCCUCCUCACCUCCGACUCCGAGAAGCUCAACUCCAUGAACCUGCUCAUGCACAUGGCCCCCAUCGCCGCCGCCAUCCUGCUGCCCCUCUCCCUCUGGACCGAGCCCGGCGUCGUCCCCGCCACCGCCGCCAAGAUCCGCGACGACCCCUACCUCGCCCUCCUCCUCUUCGCCAACGCCACCAUCGCCUACCUCGUCAACCUCACCAACUUCCUCGUCACCAAGCACACCAGCGCCCUCACCCUGCAGGUGCUCGGCAAUGCCAAGGCCGCCGUCGCCGCCGUCGUCUCCGUUCUAAUCUUCCGUAAUCCCGUGACGGUCAUGGGUGUCACCGGCUUCGGCAUCACCAUCAUCGGCGUCGUGCUGUACAGCGAAGCCACGAAGAGGUCUAAGUCAUCGUCUUCUUCUUCGUAGCCUCAGUUAGCCAUUACUUCCCAUUACCACGCCGCCUACUACAUUCACCACCAUGAUUUCUCCUUCCACAAACUACUACAUUUUGUCAGUUAAAUUUGUUACGAGCACUGUUUAGAUCAAUAUCGUCCAUUGUUGGUGGAGAGGAGAAACCGUACCCUCUCCUGACUGCUGCCGCAACUGUUCUUAGCUUUGGUUUCCCUUAAAGCCGAAGGGAUAAGGAUGGUGAAUCUACUCUUCCACAAAACUCUUUUCUUUGAUGUGAAGAUUGGAAUUCUUUUUCUCUUGCGGAUAAUAAUUGGUUCCUUUUGGUGGGUCA